AUGGACCAGUUAGCUCCUUUGAUCCCUGAAAACCCAAAACUUGAGCAAGAAAACCAGAAAACCCAUCUGUCUCUGGCUCUCAUAGAAGCCAAAUGCAUAGCCAACAUAGCUUUUCCAAUGGUUUUAACGGGCCUGUUGCUCUACUCACGCACAAUGAUCUCCAUGCUCUUCCUUGGCCGCCUUGGAGAGCUUGCCUUGGCUGGUGGUUCGCUUGCUAUUGGCUUUGCCAACAUCACAGGGUACUCUGUUCUCUCUGGCCUUGCCAUGGGCAUGGAACCCAUCUGCGGCCAAGCUUAUGGAGCCAAAAGAUUCAAACUUUUAGGCCUCACUCUGCAGAGAACUGUGAUUUUGCUUCUCUUAACUUCAAUACCCAUUGCACUUUUGUGGUUCAACAUGAAGAGAAUUUUGCUUUCUUGUGGCCAGCAAGAUGAUAUUGCUACUCAGGCCCAAUCUUAUAUUUUUUAUUCUCUUCCUGAUCUCAUUGCUCAAAGCCUUUUGCACCCUCUGCGGAUUUAUCUGCGAAGCCAAUCCAUAACUGUGCCUCUCACAUUCUGUGCAACUCUGGCUAUUCUUCUCCACAUUCCCAUCAAUUACCUUCUUGUUUGUGUUCUCAAUCUCGGAAUCAAAGGCGUUGCGUUAAGCGGGGUUUGGACUAAUGUCAAUCUCGUAGGAUCUUUGAUUUUUUACAUUGCAAUCUCAGGUGUAUACAAGAAAACUUGGGGUGGUUUCUCCAAAGAGUGCUUCGAAGGGUGGAAAAGUCUCAUGAAUUUGGCAAUUCCAAGCUGCAUUUCAGUUUGUUUAGAAUGGUGGUGCGUUGGUGUGUCAACAAGGGUGGGAAAUGAACUUGGUGCAAACCGUCCCGAAAGAGCGAAACUUGCAACAAUUGUGGGCCUAUCUUAUAGCUUUAUUCUGGGAUUUUCAGCAUUGCUGUUUGCUGUGACUGUGAGGAACAUUUGGGCAAGCAUGUACACCCAAGACUCAGAAAUUAUUACAUUGACAUCAAUGGUGUUGCCAAUUAUUGGCCUGUGUGAGCUUGGGAACUGUCCACAAACAACAGGUUGUGGUGUUCUGAGGGGAACUGCUAGGCCUAAGCUGGGUGCAAAUAUAAAUUUGGGUUGCUUUUAUCUUGUGGGAAUGCCUGUUGCUGUGUGGUUGGGUUUUUUAGCAGGGUUUGAUUUUAGAGGACUGUGGCUUGGUCUUUUGGCAGCUCAGGGCUCAUGCGUUGUGACCAUGUUGUUUGUUUUGGCUAGAACCAAUUGGGAACUUCAAGCCCAGAGAGCCAAGGAGCUAACAGGAACUUUCACUAUUGAUGAUCAAGACGCUGCUGAUGAAGCUUAUGAGUCUUUGAGUUCAUUACAAAAGGCCAAAUGUGACAAUUCAUUAGUAUGA